GACAGUCCAUUUUGUUUGUACAUUUCGGGGUGGACGCCAAAUCGGCCAAAUCGAUUUUAUAAAAAAUCAUCUAAUACGGAAAGAAGAAAAUUGUGGAAGUAAUGUCGUUACCAAGCAAUUAUAAACAAAUUGCUGUUGGAGCGCCAACAGGACCAGCAACUCCUGCACCUAGUAGCGGCUCAGGUAGCAGUCGAUCUCGUUCUUCCGGCACCGGCGGUGGUUCAGACCGCAACAAAGAUACUACACCAAUUUUUACUCACAGUAACUAUGGCAAUCCAGCAUUCACGCCGCAAAAGGCAGGAAAAUCGUCCAGUUCUAAGAAUCAAGCUGAGUCCCGUACACCGAAGCCACCAAAACCUCCAGAGAAACCAGUUCUACCUUACAUGCGCUAUUCGAAACGAAUUUGGGAUAGUGUAAAGGCACAGUACCCUGACUUAAAGCUCUGGGAAUUGGGCAAAAAAAUUGGGGCUAUGUGGAAACAGUUGACUGAGUCUGAGAAGCAGGAAUUUAUUGAUGAAUACGAAGCCGAUAAAGCUGAGUAUGAAAAGGCGUUAAAAACAUACCACAAUUCGCCAGCAUAUUUGACUUUUCUGUCUGCUAAGAGCAAGGUGAAAACAGAUUCCGAUGUACACGAAACACCGACACGUUCGAGUGGUAAAAGCCAACAAGAAAGGCGCAUUGAUAUACAACCAGCAGAAGAUGAGGACGAUCAGGAUGAAGGGUAUUCUUUCAAGCAUGUGGCGUAUGCACGUUAUUUGCGUAACCAUCGUCUUAUCAAUGAGAUUUUUUCGGAUGCGGUAGUGCCCGAUGUUCGUUCUGUUGUAACAACACAGCGUAUGCAGGUACUCAAAAGACAAGUAAGUUCUCUUACUAUGCACCAAACUAAACUGGAGGCUGAGCUACAACAGAUGGAAGAAAAAUUCGAGGCAAAGAAACAACGAAUGGUAGAGUCUAGCGAGGCAUUUCAAGAGGAGUUAAAGCGCCACUGUAAGCCAGCGGUGGACGAUGAGACAUUCCAGAAAAUGGUAGUUCGAAUGUACGAUGAAAUGAAACGAGAGCGGCAACGGGUGGACGAGCACCCAACGGGAGUUGGCUCUUCUAUUCCAGGAGCUGUAGCAACACAAGCAGUGAGCACUCGCAACGAUGAAAAAUCAGCUGCUUCCUCGGGCCAAACAACAAAUUCUGCCUUGUCUGGUGUUGCGAUAUCGGCAGGUAAGAAGGAUGCUCUAAUAACCACAGCAACUUCGCAAUCGAUUCCUGCGACUAGAGAUCCUAUUGAAUCUGCAAGCAAAACUGAUCCGGAACCGAUGGAUAUUGAGCCUACGCCGAAGCCAUCAGUCCCACUGCCAUCUAGACUAGAGACACAAAAAGCUGCUUCUAAAUCUGGUAGUGAACCAAUUAAAGACGUUAAUAAUAAACCGCAAAUAGCACCAAUUGUAAAAACUAUGCAACCUGGCAAAGUACCCACCCCGACUCCAACUCCUCCACCAUCCAUAGCUCCUGUAGACCACACUGCAUCCAAUCAACAAUCGGCAACUUUAGGAGGCGCAAAUCCCACAUCUCAAAUGAGUGUGCCACCAACUCAAACACCCCCACCACAAACUGCAACGCAACCAAAUCAGCAACCGUCGCAACCACUGCCCGGCCAACAACCACCGCCACCACAACAACAAGUCCCUCCUACAAUGCCAAUGCACCCACAUCAUCCACAACCUCCAUCACAUUUACCCCCACACUUGUCGCCACAUCAACCCAUGUCGGCUAUGCCACCUCAUAGCGGUUACGGUAGUUACGGUCCAACUGGUCCAACGCGCUCUCCGUAUUAUCAGCCACAAUAUGGAGCACAUCCAUCACAACCUUACGGCCAGUAUGCUCCUUAUCCUCAUUACCAACAGCCGUAUGGGCCCCCGCCAGGCUCCCAUUACAUGAAUGCCCGUCCGCCACCUCAGCAUAAUGGAUCGCCGGUUCACUAUCCAGAACAUGGUACUCCAGUGUCAGGACAACCACAACAACCGCAUGAGGCUUACGGUCAGCCACCGUCACACAACCAGGUUUUAGUACAACAGCAGCCGGUGACAAGCUCUGCACCGCCGUCGUUAUCCGCCGCAGUUUCAAGCAAUACUGUUGGAGUAGCAUCGGCAGCCGCUGUUGCCAAUGUUUCGGAAGGAUCCAAAGCCGAGGGUGAGAAGAAAGAUGGAGGUACUGAAUAAACGGCAGCACAAUUGAAAUAUAUAUCGUUUGUACAUGCUUUUUAAAUUGUAAGUGCGUAAUGGAUUUUGAAAAACCAAUUAAAUGUAUUCAUGUAAAAGGCAAUAAACUUGCUGAAACAAAA